GUUUGUCUUUAUUUAAUUCGUGCUAUUCAAUUGGAGAAUUUCGUUUUUUUCUUUUCGACGGUGCGGUGGUCGUAAAUGCAUUGCUUUUAAUAUUUGCUAAUUUAAGGACAUUUUGUGAUAAUUCAUUAAGUAAAGACGAAUCCCACAGCUAAUAAAUAAAUACACUAUAUAUAUUAUAUAUGUGAUUUUGAGCAAUUAUAAAAUAUCGCCUUUGCACUUUUUGCAUUCAAUUAAAAAGCAACAAAAUAUUUCUUAAUAACUAAGCGCUAAUAAAGCCGCAAAUCUUUGACGAAAUUAUGAAAUAUGACAACACAAAGUCAGUGAAUAGUGAAACUGCGAAAAUGAGAAUGUAGCGAACGCAUAAAAUAUAUAUUUACAAAUUUUUCGCAUGUGUUCUAUUUUUAAACACGGGUUAUCAAUAUCGACUGGCCAACAAAUAUAAUAAAGACACGAUUAAACAAAAAAACUACUAAACCAGUUGCUCUUGGCCCAUUACACUACUGCAAACUUGCAGGUUUCGAGUUUAGGCAGCUAAUAAAACAAGGUUUCCAGCGUGGGCUCGCCAACAGAGGCGUCAUCAAAUGCAUUUUAUUGACUGUCGUCGUAGCUACAACAAAGUUGGUCUUCGCUGUACACGAUUGCAAAAUUAAGUUCUCCCUAUUCUUCCAGCAGCAUAGUAGCCUUCCGUUUUUAGCAAAAACAAUUUACUACAGCAGAAAGCAGCUGUUGUCUUAGCUGUCCAACGUUGUGUGCGUUGUUUACGUCCGCAUGGAUACAACUCAUGUACAUCUCUGUACAUUAAGAUAGUUGUUUAAUACGAGAUAAUGGCUUCUGCAGUUAACAGCGACACAUUUGCCAUUAGUUCCAGCUCAAUUUUGAGUUUCUCCAGCACAAUGGCCGAAACAGAGUGGUUGGACGACCUGUUGCAUGAGGUACAACUGGAGCAGUUCCUCGAACGUAUACGCGAUGAUUUGCAAGUAACGCGUUUGGCGCAUUUCGACUAUGUGCUCCCAGAAGAUCUCGAACGCUGUGGUUUGGGUAAACCUGCCGUACGCCGCCUUAUGGAGGCGGUGCGCAAGAAAAAAGCACAUCAGUGGCGUAAAAAUAUACUCUCAAAACUGAUUGGCGGCGGUAAACAGCCGUCAUCGAAGAAGUCACAACAAGCUGUAAAUAAGGAACAACAAAAUACUCAACUCACAUGUCUAAUACACGAAAAAGAUAUUACACUCGGCAUCAAAUUGGGUGAUGGCUCAUUUGGCGUGGUGAGACGUGGUGAAUGGCACUCUGCGCCAAAUGGCAAAGUAUUGCCCGUUGCUGUGAAGGUGCUAAAAUCAGAUAAUCUCACACAGCCGGGCAUAAUCGAUGAUUUCUUUCGUGAGGUGCAGGCGAUGCAUGCUUUAGACCAUUCAAAUUUGGUGCGUUUGUAUGGUGUUGUGCUAUCGCAGCCAAUGAUGAUGAUCACCGAAUUGGCGGAGCGUGGUUCGCUAUUGGACACAUUGCGUAAACAGUGCAAACAUACACCGCUGACCCACAUCUGGAAUUGGUCAGUGCAAAUUGUCACUGGCAUGGCGUACUUAGAACACAAGCGCUUUCUGCAUCGCGAUUUGGCGUGUCGUAAUGUAUUACUGGCUUCCGGUAAUAAAAUUAAGAUCGGUGAUUUUGGUCUUAUGCGCGCACUGCCGCAAGAGGAUGAUUGCUAUGUGAUGUCUGAGCACAAAAAGGUGCCCUUUCCGUGGUGCGCACCAGAAUCCUUACGUUUUCGACAGUUUUCACAUGCUUCCGAUACUUGGAUGUUCGGUGUAACGCUUUGGGAAAUGUUCACAUUCGGUGAAGAUCCAUGGGUUGGGCUAAAUGGUUCACAAAUAUUACGAAAAAUCGAUAGAGAGGGUGAACGCUUGCAUCAGCCAGAUGCUUGCCCGCCAGAUGUAUAUGAAAUGAUGUUACAGUGUUGGGAUAAAGUACCUGCCGAACGUCCAACGUUCGCUGCAUUGAAGGAAUUCUUAGUGGGCAUGUCACCGCCUUUAUAUAAAGCAGCACGCGCCUAUCGUGAGGAGAAUCGGCUGCAGAUCGAUGCUGGUGAUACUAUGGCCAUCAUUGAUGGACGCGCUGACUUGAAGCUAAUUAAAGGUCAAAAUCAGCGCACAUUCGACAUUGGCGUUUUCCCGCGUAAUAUAUUAGAGAAGCAAAAGCAUACAAAUAGUGAUCUGAUACAACCAUUGCACGAGAGUAUCCGUCAAAGCGGUGGUCAUGCUGGUUCACCGUUCGGAUUUUGUUGGGGUGGUGCUGGAGCGAUGAGCGCGAGUGCCGAAAUGCAAUCAGAGCGAAAUCGUAAAUGUGCCUCCAUGCAGCCACAACCGGCGCAUCAUGCCAAAGAACGGAAGUCAGUGUCUAGUAAACAGUUUGCGUACAAUAAAUUGGUUAACGAACGUACCGCUGAACUGCAGCGCAAUCAAUCAGUGCAACUCACAAAGGGCAAAGGAGUUAAUAACCUCAAACAAGGCCCACAGCGCCCGCCUCCGCCACAGCAACACCAAAUGGAGGGUAUACUCAUUGACAUUUCACCUGAGUUUGGUCCGCCUGCAACCGCCAACAUAAAAAGUGUUGAAAGUGAGUCUGUGCAAAUGAGAAACUCCUUGUGUUUAUUGGAUGCACCAAUUGAGGUGCCCACCGAGGGAGAAGAGUACAACGCAGCCGCUUUCGCGUACAGUGGUGCCGCUGCACAACAAACCUAUGUGAGUGGCACAUCGCCGCUGGGACAGCGACUACAACCGCCGCCUUAUCAGAUGCCACCCACUUAUUCGAACACAAUUGAAUUCACACAACAACAACACACACAGCCAAUGCAACAACAUGACCCAUUCGAUACCAGCAGUGUGCACAUGAACUACGCGAAAGUUGACGAAAAUGAUGUGAAUACCAAUAGUGCUUUGUACACGAACGUUGGUGGUCAUCAGCACUACCAGGUGCAGCAGUCAAUAUUACGUGCAAAUUCCAUACAGUCAUUAUAUAACAGUCCCACAGCACGAAAAAGCCUUUUCUCGACGACAUCAAGUUGCGCUGGUAAUAAAGAAAACCUCCCGCAUGCGCUUGCCACAGCGCAACAAAACAAUCUGAUCUCAGACGGCGAAGAUGCGCUCCAAACCAGAUUGUCUACACUCAGCCUAGAAAAGCCAAUGUCGCAAGCUGCCACAGAGAGUAAUGUCGUGCUGGACAAGUCAUUUAUCGCCGAACUAGAGAAGGAUAUGUACAGUAGUAAGGGUCAAAACGAUUACGAACGCAAUUCCAUGCAGAUGUAUAUGAGCAAGGAAAAUGUGUAUAAACAGAAUUUAACGCCGUUGAAAAAUUCAACCAGCCUCUCGAGCACAACAAAUGCAUCCAGCAGUGGAGUUUCGCCAAAACUGCAAAAUAACGAAACAUUCAACCAAUCACAAUACUCGAAUGCAGCUGCCACCGAAGCGAGCAAAAGCCUUAAUGACCACUACAAACUAAAUAAUCUAGAGGCGGCUGGAACAAAUGACGCUGCUAGUGUGGCAGAGCGUAACGAAGGUUGCACUGAAAACACGCAGGAUGUCAUUAAUCGUAUAUGGUACGAGCGUGUCAAUGGCACGACAGCACCUGCAGCAUACUAUUCCCAACCCCCUGAUAAUACAUACCAAAAUCAGGGCAAUUACGCAGAUCGAUAUGGUAGCGCAACCACUGCCAAAGAGUCAAAUCAUAGCUUUGUGGCGAUUUCAAAUCGUGUUGUGCCACAAAAGACGCCGGCUAAUCAAAUGUAUGCCUCUGCGGCUUCGCUGUAUGGCAGCGUCAGUGGACGCGAGUUAUAUGACGCUGUAGCUCCCACGCCCUCAACUUAUUAUGGUCAGUUACCUUUGAACGCCAAUGACGCUGGCCGCGGCAUAUACGCUAGCGUCGGUUUAACAACAGCGUCUGCCGCGCCGGCGGCGAUUUACGAUGAAGUUACGCUCGACGACUACUUGCGGCCACAUCGUCCAGCACCGUUGGCUCCGCCACAAUUGUCUGCGCAGCAGAUACAACGUCGUCUGGAGAAGCUAAAGCAGCAACAGGAGAGCGGCGGUGGAAAUUUAUAUGCGCCAGUUCCAUCCGAAGCCGCGAGAGAAAACGACAAAAUACAGCAAAUACUUAGGGAUCUGGGUGCAGCUGCACAGGAAGUGGACGUGCGUAAUGCAUUGAGAGCGGCUAAUGGUGAUGCAAAUGCCGCAAUACGACACUACAAAAUCGAUCAACUCAACAGACUCGGCCUUGCCAAUCGUACCCAGUGCGAAGAAGCGUUACAAAAAACCGGUUGGAGCUUGGAGCUUGCAGCUGCUGUGUUAUUAGAAAGUACUUCUUAGAAGAUUUACAAUUACCGAAAUUUCAGUAUAUCCAUUAGACCAGCAUUCAUCAUCAUUCCAAAUCACAUCACAUUUUCAUUUUGCCAAAAUUGCAUGAUUGAUAUUAUUUUUAUAAUGCAAUGCAGCGUUGCAUUCAAAUUUUAAAUAUUUAAAAAGGUAAUUAAUUUUAUGUAAUCAUCGAAUAUAGAAAACAUUAUAUGUUUUGAAUAGUUUCAUUGGCCGUCCUAAUUUUGGAACAAAAAAACGUGAAUAUUCAAAAUACCUGAUAUUAAAACUUUCGAAUCUGUAAUCGUAUUUAGCGUGUUAAGCAUUUUAUUUAUGACUUAUAUUCAUACUAUAAAAUACAACAAACGCAACGUAUUAAAACAUAGAGUUAAAUGAAUUAAACCAAAUUCCAAUAUACCCAUGACAACUAGAUAAGCUCGUAUGAAAGAAUCAUCACAUACGUACAUAUAUUUUUAUGUAAACAAAUAAAAGUAUGGAAAUUGUUAAAUGCAA